AUGUCGCUCAACCGAAAUACCGAAGACAAGGGCCCUGUGGCACUUGGCAUUGUCAUCUCUAUGUCGGUCCUCAGCACCCUCUUCACCGCUGGUAGACUCUUCGUUAGAGGAAGAAUAUUGAAGCAGUUUCAUCUCGACGACUAUUUGAUUGUCGCGUCUGUAGUCUGUGGAUGGACGAAUGUUGGAACAGCUAUCACGGCGGUGGCGCAUGGAAAUGGCCGGCAUUUUGAUGUGCUUACACUCGAGCAGAAGUCGGGAGCAAUACUCUGGACCAUUGCUGGCUUUCCUCCCGGUGUCAUGUCUUUUGGACUCCCGAAGCUUGCUGUUGUCGCGCUCCUCACACGGAUCAUGAAUCCUAGCAAAUGGCAUGCUCUUUUCCUGUGGUUCAUCGCCUCAUUCUGUCUCAUCAACUUGAUUGGAUGCGUAAUCAUUCUUUUUGCCCAAUGCCAACCUUCUCACUCGCAGUGGGACUUUUCAGUCACAGACAAGACGUGCUGGGACAAGUGGAUUCUGGUUUACUUUGCCAUCUACUCUGGAGGCUUCUGCGCGUUUGUAGACCUUUACUUGGCCAUCUAUCCAGCCGUCGUCCUCGCGAAGCUACAGAUGAGUGUGAGAAAGAAGCUCAUCGAUCGUUGCCACAUACAAAUGCUCUCGGCUUCCAAGUCUCGCAAGCUUGGACUUCUCAUAGUCGAGGGCAGCACGAUGAUCAUUGCCGCAUGUAUUCCCGUACUCCAACCCCUCGGCGAGCUCAUCUUUGGCAAGCGCAUUUUCAGUUCUGGUGGAGGACGGUAUACGUAUGAGAACUAUGGUUCGGGUCAGAGUGGUCAACAUCGAUCCGAUAUUGAAAUGUCUCGAUCAAAGGAAGUGCAGAAAAGAGUAGCUAGAAGGCAACACGACGCUGCUGCGAUCAGCUUUGACGAUAGGGUAACAACAACGACGGUCACAAAGGGAAGUCAAGAGAGCAUCCUGCAAGGAAAAAACAUGUACAGAAGUAUUGUAAGAACGGACUUAAUCAGCAUCAGUAUUGAGUCGAGCAAGCCUUGA